AUGAUUGCCCUACAGCAAGGAACCACGGAUGAUAAUUUCCGCCGAUCACUUGCCAAGAGGGCCCCUGAAAAUAUGAAUGAGCUCCAGGAGAGGGCCGGGAAGUAUAUCAAGGCUGAGGAAAGCCUGAAGAAAUCUCAUAAUAACCAGGGACCGACCUCGAACCCAAAGAAACGUGGAAACGACACCGAGUACAACGCGGAUAAUAAGUAUUCAAAGACAGGGGAUGGUGAUAAGUCCCCCACCAAAAAGAAAGCAGGACCGAGGUUCACUGAGUUUCAUAAAGAUACAGGACAUAAGACCGAUGAUUGUCGACAGUUGAAGGAUGAGAUCGAGUUUUUGAUCCGAAAAGGCAAGCUGUCCAAGUAUACUAGGGAUACGGACAAGAAUCCCCGUGACAAUGACAACCGUGGAAGAGACAACGAUGAUAGGAAUAAGAGAAACCAGCCCAGAGGGCCUGUGAUCAAUGUAAUCUCUGGAGGACCGACCGCAGCAGGCCUAUCUAGUAACUCACGAAAAGCUUAUGCUCGUGAAGUGAUGUACAUUGUUGGAGAGCCCCCGAAGAGGGCAAAAAUUGAGUUUGCUUUAGCAUUCGACAAUUUAGAUCUUGACAGAGUUAAAUUUCCCCAUGAUGAUCCUUUGGUAAUCACCCCGGUGAUUGGAAACUCUUCUGUAAAAAGGGUACUCGUUGACGGUGGAGCCUCAGUAGAUAUCUUAUUUCAUGAUGCAUAUGAGAAGAUGGGAUAUUCAGAUUCGCAAUUGACACCUUCAGAUAUGCCUAUAUACGGCUUUAAUAACGUGGAGACAAAGAUUGAAGCAAUCCCAUCCACCUACCACUUGAAGAUCAAAUUCCCUACCAAGAAUGGGGUGGGAGAAGAAAUAGGAGAUCAAAAAAUGGCUAGAAGUUGUUAUGUGGGGGCUCUGAAAUCUGGAGGGACCGGGGGGCAAGUUCUCCCAAUUGAGGACUUGGAUGUCCGAGAGGAAGAGGAAAGGAGAGGAAAGCCAGCUGAGGACUUGGUUCCCUUCUCCCUAUAUCCAGAUGAGCCCGAGAAGGUGACCUAUGUAGGGGCGUCGCUCCCCGAGGAUAUGAAAUCCGAAUUUGUGAAAUUCUUGAGGAACAACCGGGAUGUGUUUGCUUGGACCGCAGCCGAUAUGCCAGGGAUUGAUCCCCUCUUUAUGACACACACGCUUAACGUAAGCCCAGAUAGAAAACCCGUGAAACAAAAGAAGAGAAGUUUUGCCCCUGAGAGGCAAGAAGCCAUAAAAUAG